AUGUCAAAUCCAAACUCAACUACUGCAGUAGGAAACCGUUUCACAUUUCGUGUAUUAAAUCUUUUACUUGCAACAAAUGCUGAUGUACAAAUAACUCCAACUGGAAGCGCAUCGUGGCCACACUGGGGGCAUACUUUGUAUGACGAGUGUGAACGUCCUUCUUUAUUCCGUCGUAUAGGGACUAGGGCCGGGGUAGGUGAUCGAGGCGUCGAUAUCUAUGGAUCUUAUUGCGGAUUCUAUAUGGUGGUGCAGUGUAAAGAUCAAGUAGCCCCAAUACGAGAAAGUCAAAUAAGAGAACUCGAAGGAGUAUUGAGCAGAUACAAUUCUGAGGGGGUGUUUGGUCUUUUUGUUAUAUCGUCUCGGGGUUCUUUUACCAAAUACGCACAGGAUCGGGCGAGGUCUUCUCCCAAUUUGGUGUUAACAACAGAUGAGAAUUUAGAAGAAAAUUUGGAGCAAUUUCAAGCAGGUCCUUCAGGAUUG